AUGACACAUAUUAUCUACUUGAUUGUCAUUGCUUCAUUCGUCAUCUACAAACUACUCCACAAUUUCCAACUUCGCCAGCGUAGCAAGAAACUAGGAUGCAAACCCAUCAAGAAAAUACCAGCCCGUAACUGGCUAGACUACUUUGGAUUAGACGAUAUUGUCCAUCAUAAAGAAUUGACAGAAAAGGGUCAAACUUUUGAGCGAAUAGAACAAGCAUUUGAACGAGCCAAUGCCAAGACGUUUCAAGGAACAGCAGUGUUUAAAUCAUUCAUCAUGACCAUUGAACCUGAAAAUUUACGCCACAUGAUGUCACUGGCCCAUUUCAAUGAAUGGAACAUUGGACAUCGUCCAAAAGCUUUUGGUAUUUUGUUGGGCGACGGAAUCUUUUCUAGUGAAGGCACACAAUGGAAACAUUCACGAGUCAUGUUGCGUCCUUCAUUCACCAAGGAAAAUAUUAAACAAAUUACGAAAAUGGAACCUUUUGCUGCUCGCGUUAUCGAGUUGGUCAAACUGAAACAUGGUGCCUCUAUUGAUAUGCAAGAUGUUUUCCAAUUUUUCACUAUGGAUUUCACGACUGAUUUACUAUUGGGCGAAAGUAGUGAUUCAUUAAAAGAUGCCCUUGGCCAACCAUCGCGAACUGGUAUUGACCCCGAAUUGAAGAAACAAUUUAGUGUUGCCUUUGAUGUGACUUCCGAUUACCUCAUGGUGAGAAUGAUUCUUGGGUCCUUGAUGUUCCUAGUCAACCCCAAAAGACUACAAGACGCAAUCAAGACCCAACAUAAAUUUGUCGAUUACUAUAUCGAAAAGGCACUUGCUAUGAAUAACGAAGAAUUGGAUGAAAAAUCCGAUGAUGGAACCAUUUUCCUUUACCAAUUGGCCCGUGAGACUAAAGACCCCAUCAACUUGCGUAACCAAAUCUUGAGUAUCAUUCUUGCUGGCCGUAACACCACCAGUGCAUUAAUGACGUUUUUAUUUGCCCAAUUGAGCAAAAGACCUGAGCUUUAUUCGAAAUUACGCGAUAUCAUUCGUCAAGAUUUCCCCGAUGUUGAAUCAAUUACAUUUGACUCGAUUCAAAAUUGUGAUUACUUGCGUUGGUGCAUCAAUGAGACGUUGAGAUACAACCCCUCGGUGCCAUUUGAGUCCAAGACUGCAUCGGUCGAUACGACGUUGCCUCGUGGUGGUGGAAAUGAUGAGAAGUCCCCCAUUUACGUGCGUAAAAACACGAGAAUUCUUUAUUCGCUUUGGGUCUCAAAUAGAAACGAAGAAUAUUUUGGUAAAGAGACGGAUAAAUUCAUUCCUGAACGGUGGGAACAUUUGCCUCGUAAUGGUGGUAUUGCAUUUAUGCCAUUCAGCGUUGGGCCCCGAGCUUGUCUUGGUCAAUCGUUGGCAUUGACUGAGGCGGCAUAUAUGACUAUUCGGUUGUUGCAAACUUUUGAUUCGUGUGAAUCUCAUCUUGGUCCGGAACCAUUGAGGAAAACGUCAUCGGCUACAAUGAGGUUAAUGGAUGGAUGCGAAGUUAGCUUUAAGUAA